CACCAAUCCCAGAGAUAAUACAUAAUACAUAUACGACGACUAUAUCGAUAUGGCUAUCAUCAAAAUGAAGAACGACACAUCGAACUCUAAGGAUGUGACCACUGCAGGCAAGGUGAUUACCUGCAAAGCCGCUGUGGCGUGGGGUCCUGGGCAGCCUUUGGUCGUGGAAGAAAUUCUGGUGGAUCCCCCACAGAAGAUGGAGGUCAGAAUUAAGAUCCAUUUCACUUCAGUCUGUCAUACUGAUCUGGGUGCUUGGCAAGGCAAGAAUGAAGCUCAAAGAGUAUAUCCACGAAUUCUUGGCCAUGAAGCAUCUGGGGUGGUGGAGAGUGUGGGAGAAGGAGUGGAGGAUAUGAAGGUCGGAGAUCAUGUUGUUCCGAUAUUUAACGGAGAAUGUGGAGAUUGUGUUUUCUGCAAAUCUAAAUCAAGCAACCUUUGUAAAAAGUUCAGAGUGGACCCGCUUAAGAGUGUAAUGACAAACGAUGGAAAGACACGGUUUUGGACAAAACAAGGAGAACCCAUUUACCAUUUCCUCAACACCUCCACUUUCAGCGAGUACACUGUGGUUGACUCCGCCUGCGUUGUCAAGAUCGACCCAAAUGCUCUCCUCAAAACCAUGACUUUGCUUAGCUGUGGCGUGUCAACUGGUCUCGGAGCCGCAUGGAAUACAGCCAAUGUACACGCCGGAUCCACUGUUGCUGUGUUUGGUCUGGGAGCCGUAGGACUUGCAGCUGUUGAAGGAGCUCGUUCAAGAGGAGCCUCCAGAAUAAUUGGGAUUGAUAUAAACUCCGAGAAGCUCGCCAGAGCUGAAACCAUGGGAGUCACCGAUAUCAUAAACCCGUUAGAAUUAAAAAAGCCAGUCCACCAGGAAAUUAGAGAGAUCUCGGAUGGAGGAGUAGACUUUAGCUUUGAGUGUGCCGGAAACUUGGACGUCCUCCGCGAGGCAUUUCUAUCGACUCACGAGGGUUGGGGUUUGACAGUACUACUGGGGAUUCACUCCAGUCCCAAAACACUCCCUCUCCAUCCCAUGGAACUAUUUACUGGUCGGAGAAUUAUUGGAUCUGUUUUUGGAGACUUCAAAGGGAAAACGCAGCUACCUCAGUUCGCCAAACAAUGCAUGCAUGGGGCAGUGAAAUUGGAUGAAUUUAUAACACAUGAACUACCUUUCAGUGAGAUCAACCAAGCUUUCCAGUUACUUAUGGAUGGGAAAUCACUAAGAUGCGUUUUGCAUCUAUAAACUAUCCAUCAUAUACUCUCUUCCAACAUUCUUUCAUGGAGAAAUACCCAUUCAGUUCAAAUAUAAUAUUUGUGGCUUUGCCAUAAUAUAUGUAUUUAAUUUAUUUACUUAUAUAUGUUAUAUACACCGCGACAAAAUGUCACGAAUGGAAUGUAAGUUAGGCUCAAAAAGUUUUGCUCGAGUAUAUAUGAUUAUAGGGUCAAAAUGUUCAGGAUGAGUGUUGAUAAAGAACAUCGAUGGAUAUUGUGGAC